UCUCAUAAGUGCAACCGUGUGGACUCUGAUGCGAAAGACAGCUGUUCUACUAUCCACAUCGCUGCCUCGUUGAAAAAUCUAACCAAAAUGAAAGGAAUAAUUUUUGCUUUUGUGUUUUCUGUCAACAUUCCAAUUUGCAUUGGGAGAAAUGUUCAGGCCUUGCACGCGUAUGAUCAUGUACACAAACCUGGUAAGUGUUAACAGUUAUGUCCUGAGGUCGUUUUAUUUUAUCAUUGUUUACAAGCUUUAAAUAAUUUGUCCAUGCUUAGCGUGCGCAUAUCGAAAUAUGGAUGCACGAGCCCGAGAGAAGCGUAAUAGUCGCCGAGGCGCAGCCAAGAGCAACUCUGGCUUGUCGAGUGCUCUCUAAACUUCCCGCGUACAUCCAUAACUCGAUAGACGCACAGCUAAAGCAUGAAAUAAUUCUGCUAUAACAUACUGGUAAAUUUACCCUGUUUGAAUUCUUCUUUUACUAGAAUUUACGAUCAGAAAAGCUUUUGUUGAAAAUUCUGAAAAUUAUACGAUUUCAAAAUAUUGAACAACACUUUUAAGACAUAUCGACACUUCAAAAUAAUAUUUGCCGUUUAAUGAAGACUACCUAACGUCGCAAAACCUUAGUUAUUGUCAGAAAGCUUAACUUUGUUUUCAGCCAUAAUUCGCGUCGCGUUUGAGAGUGAAGUUUCGUCUACACCAAAACUAAUUUCGUCGCUUGAAAGAACUACAUGCUCAUUGUUUUUCGAAAUGACCAUUACUUAGCAUGUUUAUUUUCAUUUUGAGCUUUAAAGGUCUAUCUCAAUCGGAAUAGAGCGGGAAAAAAUCUUGAAAGUUUUAAAACCUCGCGGCUAAACUCGACGGGAAUUGAAAGAGGAAUUGAAAACCGUCAUUUAAAUACGCCUCAGUAAAAUGGUUUUUGCAUGGCCUCUUCAUUGCGCGCGUACUAUUUGAAUUAUUUUCUAAUAUGUUUUGACAGCUUAGAAUUACUCUUAUGUCUCAUUGCAGGUCUUUCAAGCAGAGAACUCAAAUUGGCGGACGAAGGUAAAACUGCGACGCCGACAAAAUCUGGAUCGGAUUACGGAUUGAAAAAAAAAGAGUUUUGAAAAAUGAAAAAGAAAUAAAAUAGUUUACAAAGUAAUAAUGCAAAAUAUAAGAGUAAAAAAAUAAAAGACCUAAAAUAUGUUAAUUAAAGUUAGAAAUGUUGUGUGACAGGCCAAAAUAAAGUCUGCGUGACAGGCAGCAGGCCCCAGUAGCAGUUUUUUUGCCCCAAAACCUCACGUAGUCACUUUAACGGCUGUGUCGAGUAAUGCCGCCAUGGACGAAGGCAAGCAAGAGGUACGUAUCAUUUUAUCAGCUGGUUAUUGUUUCUCUUUUUUUUUAAUAUCAUCAAGGUGCAAGACUGUUUUAGAUAUAACUGAUAAAGUGCACUUAAGCGAUUCAUGUAGUUCAUUAUGUCCCGCACACUAUAUUUUGGCUUUUGCAACAUUUCUAAUUUCAAUCAACCUAGUUUGGCUUUUUUACUCUUCUUUUCUAAUUAUUAUGAUUUUAUAAACGAUUUGAAUUUUUCAUUUUUCAAAACUUUUUGUUUUGAUCCGUAAUCCAAUCCGUGCUCCGAUCCGGUCCGAUUCAGAUUUUGUCGACGCCGGUAAAAUUAUUAGAUAGAAUGCAAUGGGAGAGUUUCCUAUUGUAACUAGAUAUCAUUAAGCCCUUAUUAAAGAGAAUAUUACUUUCUUUUCAAAGCCUUUGAUCUCUGCCUUCGAUUGAACCAUAGUUUUUGCAAUCAUUCACGUCAAUUACAACAUAUUGCCCCCAAUGUUUCUCAGUUGUGCCCUGCAAAUAGGCAAGAACACGGUUAUGAUUCAAGAAUAUCCAAUUGCUAUCGACCAUAUAACUGCCGUACUAAUCUUAAACAAUUUACAAUACUCUACCAAGGUCGUAAAAUUUGGAAUUCUCUCUCAAUAUCGAUCACUGGUUUGACUAGCUUUUUCACUUUUAAAAGAAACAUGAUUGAUUUUUGAAUGAAUUGAACGAAUUGGCCAAGCUGCAUAUCCACAUCCACAUCCACAACUUAAUUGCAAACAUAUUGACAACCGAGGUGGCCACCCCUGUAUGUCUGGUGGUUUCUUGAAGGUCUCCUCGCCCUACCAUACUGUUAAACCUGUAUAAAUAUGAUAUCUCAAGUGGCUAAUAAAUAAAUAAUGAUGAUGACGAUAUCAGAGCACAAAGAAAACUUACAUAACGCAACUUAAAGUCGAACACACUUCAAAUCUGUUAAUGAUUCGAUAAAAUCUCAUUUACCAUGGGCCUUCCUCAUAGUGCUUGUGCUUUGCUUACCCAUGGGAUACUGGCUUUCAAGCCGAUUUUGGGCGACUGAUUUGCUCCUAAGAAGGCGAGAGUUUGCUUGCGCAAAUGUAACAAAAUUAGAAUUCAUUUAUGGAAUACUACAUCCAAUCAAUCAUCAUUACAAUCAUCAAUUAUUUUCGCCAGGACCGCGCGAUUGGUUUAAACACGUCAUGUGACCGAGGAUAGUCCUAAACCUUGCCUUUCACGCGAGCGCUCCAUAAUUAUUUAGUUGAUAAUCAACACGAAAGCCUUCAGUUUGUUUUGGGAUUAUGCUCGUGUAUUCAUCCUCGCCGGUAAAUCUGUUUCUCGAAGGUCACAGGUUUUACCUAGAUUGCUUCUUGGAAAACUCUUCGUUUAUCGGACACAGUUAAAGUCCACGGAAAAAUAUUGCUGCUACUGUUUAUUGAUUAAAGAAUUAUGUACGUGAAACAAAAAAACAAAAGUCCUCUAAAAGAACGUGUAGUCACCGGUAAAAUCUUCUUUUCCCUUGUAAUGUGGUACAUGAUAGGACAAAAUCAAUUGUUUUUUCAAUUCUGAUUUGUAAACUAAGGUAAAGUCGACUAAGAGAAUUCUAAUGGAUUUCGAUGCGUAUGCGGUCUCACUCUGGUGAGAUCUAGAAUGAUGGUAACCACCCAACCCCAUAGAAAACUAAACGCGUUCCACAGGCAGUCGAUGCCUGUGAUAAUAUCCUGUGUGUAUCAAAUUUUCGAAUGCAAAUGUGCCCACAGUUAGAGGCCGCGAUCCAAAUCUAACCCCAACUGACCAAGCCAAAUUCGAUUGUUUACCAUUAACACAUCACGUUUUGUCUCACAAUUGCUUGUAACGCAGUGAUAAUUGUGUACAUGAUUUUCUCCUGCUUUCAACUGGAAACAAAUCUCUCCAUCUCAUGCCUCGAAACGUUCAAAUUUUUAUAAUCAGAAUUUUUUUAGUGGGCGAAAUAAAAUAUUUGCUGCAGUGAGUUCCUUUACUAAUGCACUUAGCGGCCAAUGUUUACAUAAAAUCCAAUCAAAUUAAAUAAAACAGCCAAAGGAUUUUAAUUAAAACUCUUCUCACGGCUCAUGUUUCAAAUCAAAUCGUAAACAAUCGUCGAGUUGCUGAUUGCUUCACAGAAAAUCACGAGAAAUCACUUGUUUAUUUACAACAUGAAGGCAAUGUGAUCACUGGUUAGCCAGCAACCACAACAAUAAGCCAGUAAGAAUGAAAAGGCAUCAUCGGCUAGUUAUCAUUUCAUAGCUAGAGCGCCGAUCAAUAGCAAAAAAAGAAAAAAAAUAGAUAAAUAAUAAUUAAAAAAAAUAAUAAAAAAUAAGAAUUCUGCUUGUUUGAUUUUCAACCCACUCAGAGCAACUCUUUCAAUACGAGUGCGAGCGUUUUAGCAGGGUUUCCAAACACGUGAAAACAGAUGAACGCUUUUAUUGUUCUCAAGUGCUCGCAAUCUCUGAUGAAACACGAUGCACGAGUUUUUUGAAAUUGCUUCUUAAUUGGGCCUCGGGAAUAAAGUAUUCACGAGUUUUUUUUCACAUUUUGUCGGCAAGUUUCUUUUAAGCAUUCAAAUCGUGUUACUGAUAUUCAAAUUAAGAAAUCUGAUGCUUUAUCUAAAGGAUUGCUUUUAGACAAAACUCAUGACUAACGCCUCAUUCUGAAACAAUAAUGGUGCUCACUCAAAUUAAAAAUAAUCCCAUGGCAAAAAAUUUUGUAACGACAUUCGGCGAUAUUAUGUUUUAUUCAUUUAUAUUCUCAUUUGGCCAAAAAAAAUUCACCAAGCAAGUUUCAGUUAUCAAGUCUUUCGUGGAAAAUGAAUAUGAUACAAUGAUCACCGCAAUGCUAAAAUCACAUUGCAGAUGAUGUCAGUUCUGCUACGUGACAACGAAACCAGUUAAAGUAAAGUCACAUUGAAACACUUAAUUGCUAUACAACGUUAAGUUCAAUAUCAUUUCCUUAAAAUGUUUACUUAGUUAGGUAAAUUUUGAUGCCAAAAGCUGAUGUGAGGACAUUCAUUUCGAGUCGAUGCUGCUGAAGCUGCCAUGAAAGCCUUUCCCUUAUUUUCAGUGUUUUUCGUCGGUCUUUCAUGUAAUUAUCGUGGUUGUGGAGGUAAGAUGCAUCUUUUUUAUAUCAUCGAACUUCUUUUCAGUUGACUAUUUUUUCUGAGACCUUCUUGCUUGAAACGAGUUUUCUUCUGAGUCACCUGCAUGUACAGGUCUGUUAACACCUCUCGAUCGCUUUCUUCGAAACUUUUAAUUGUACUUUUGGCUUACAAAAGAAACCAAGUUUUUGUCAUUCUCUUCAUGCACAACACAGACGUGGGUGAUUUUAUUUGCUUCAGUUGCCUCAUUUUUUUCCCAUGAAAUCAGUUUAAUCUCAGGAGUCGGUUUCAAAAGCGUUAGUUUUAACAACUGUUGAAGGUUUUCUCUUGGGAUGGUUUUAAGUUGCAUAAAAUCGAAAAAGCUGAAAACGAUUUCCAACUUACUUGUCAGUUAAAAAAAAAAAAUGGCAUAUUCUCGAUGGCAAUUUUGUUCCAAGGAAUUUGUUUCCGAUACAAUGCGGGGUUAAUUCUUUAAUUGUUGUAGUAAAAUAAAAUACGAAGUCAAUCAUUCUACUCCUUCCUUCGUCAUUGCCAUCCUUGUGUUCUCUUUCCUUACUUAAUGUAGAACCAUUCAUGAAUGGUAAUGGUCGAAUUUUGCAGCAUCAUUUCCGACAGAACUAACAAAUUACAAACAAACUGCACCGCCACAAACACCACAUUUAUUACUUCUGAAGAAAUACAUCUAUAUAAGGAUGUUCGGUUAGCAUAUUUAUCGUAAAGUAAUUUCAAGCCAAUGCUAAGUGGUAACCCUUCCUAAACAAUCAAAUAAAUAGGUGAGUGUUCGUGGUGUUUACAUUGUCAUUUUAUCCCAGUUGAUCUGUCAGUUUGUAGUUCUUUCUCCUGCAACCUUUCAAUACGUCGAUACAUUUUAUGCUGAUAUUUAUUAAUUACGCGUCAAACUUUAUUUGGCGACUGUAGAAAGUUUAAGAAAACCGGAACCAAAGCAUCAACUUUUCCUCCACAGCAAGCAGAUUUUUUACAAAUUAAAUUUGAAUAAACAAAUAUAAAUGUUGUCACCAUUAAACCAAAUUUCUAGUAAAUAUGGGUGUUUCAUCAAAAUCUGAUAUCAGUUGCAGUCGUUUUAUUCGUAAUCAAUGCAAAUUAAGUUAAAUUAAUUGUUUCAAACAUCGAACUAUUUUACAAAAGCACAGUUACUUAAUUUGAGUUCCAGUGAAGAUGUGUGGCCUCAACAAAGCAAUAAUUACACACUGCAUGCGUAGCACAAAAUUAGUUGCCUUGGUAAUGGUGACCCCGCCAAAGAUGAUUGACUGGUAAUUAUCGAUCCAAUUUGACAUGAACUCCUAAAGAGAAAAUUCAUAUUUACAAUUUACAUAAUCACUUAAGUCGUCCUAAAGCGACCAUACUCUAAUAUUUUCAUAAUAAUUAUACUCCAGUUUCUAUACUUUCCGACAACCUAGCAAGGAAAUUCCAAAUUCUUAACAUUCUGAUAUUGAAAUAUAAUAACAAAAAAAGCUAGAGUUGCUGAAGGCGCAAACUUCCAGGUUUCCUUUUGAGUGGACUUCUACAAUUUUAGUAUAGAAAAAAUUCUAAGUUGAAAUAGAAGGAAAAAAAAGACAACAUAAAAAAGGUGCAAAUAAAAUUGUGAAAGCGCAAACUAGAAUUGCAUCUGUAUCACACUCGCCCGCGCCCGAUGUCUUUGUUCUUUACCUCAUUUACUCCACUCCAUAGAUUUCAGUUGCAUAACAUUAAUCUCCAAAGCUCGCCUUUGAGAAAUCAGACAGUUGGAAAAAAUUAAGUAGAGUAUCGUGCUUCACUCAAAUUGACAAUAUUUGAGACUUUCCGUCCAAAUUUGUAGCUAACUUUAAAGUACAUCCCGCAGAAAACCGUUUCGUGUGUUGAUAGUCAACGUACAGUAAUCCUUUGACACAUUAAGAGGUGAGAGCAAGUUGAAGACAGUCAACAUCGCCAGCAUAAGUCACAUUCAUUCACAAGGUAACAUUCUUCUCUAUUUCAGGGAGACCAAGUGAAACGACCCAGUCACCUGUUGGUAAGUGUGUGUUUUCCCUGUCAAUAGAAAAAAAAAUGACUACAAGAGAGCAAUUAACACGUCAACCUUCUAUUUCAUUUCAUUCUGCUUCUUCGCAAAAGACUCUGAUACAUCAUAAAAAUUUUUUCAAAAUUACCUUCUCUAGAAUUGUAAGAUGGAAGAAAUAGAACCAAUCUAAAUUUACUUCACUUUACGUGCUUUUCCUAUCAGUUUCAAGGAUCCUUUAAAUGUGGAAGGAGGACGCAUUUUUCUUGAUUUGGUUAUUCCUAUGAAUUAUUUAAUUGUCACGAUCCUCAUUAUACCCAACAAUAAAUCGGUGGCUCAUUGUUUAUUGACAGUGUGUGAAGAUGAUCCAAACUAUGCAGAUGGCUGCCCUCGGAAAGCUGCCGUUACAAACUAUUGCACAGAACAAGAGGAGUUUAUGAGGAGGCAUUGCGCAAAGUCGUGCAAAUUUUGUUCGGAGGCGUGUAAGUUAAAGGUGUUUUUGUUUCAUCAGCUGAUAUUGUAAAUUGUUCAUUUGAAUUUAGGAUAAUAAAAGGAUUUAAUAGAAGAAAAAUGUACGCCAAUUUUAUCAACGUUUUACAAGAGAUUAAACUUUUGCGUUUUAGUGAAGUAUACACACUGAAGGUUCAAUUGUUAUCGGGUUGCUACCCUUGUUAAAUAUUUCAAGUAAUUAAAAUCCCCUGAUCUGUAAUUGACGUGGGCGCGAUGUUUUUCUCUUUAUUGACAUUUAAGUUAUUUUUUUCCAGCGACUGCACAACCCACAACUGGUAAGUUGGCCAAUUAAAUUGCAAAAUUGCGAAAUUUUAUUCGCGGUUGUUAAGGAUAGGUGCUAUUUUUAUACUCUAAUGUUUUCGCCUGUCAGGUCAUAAAGCCUGAACAAGACAAUGUUGAAGUUAAUCUCCAAAAUAUAAUUGUAUUUGACUUGUAUUUCCAGAAAGCUUUCCAUUUCAUUUACUGGAUGCUAGCAAAAAGCAAGCAAGUAUUAAACUUUAACUACCUCAAAACAAAUUACUAUCAGGUGAUGAUACCCAGUUAAAAAAAAAUAUAAUUGUAUUUGACUUGAUGUCCAGAGAGUUUUCCAUUUCACUUACUCGAUGCUAGCAAAAAACAAGCGAGUACUGAACUUUAACUACUCAGUUAAACGAGAGUUGCAUAUAAUAGAGUAUGCGUGUAUGUUAUGGGUACAAGUUUCUAUCGGGGACUUACAAGCAAUCAAUUGGAUAUUUGAUGACAAAAUUUUAAGAAAGAAUCUUUAUUUACUUUAGAGGCGAUAAAGCCACCGGCACCAGCGGGUAAGUUGUUUUUGGCCGUUUUAUAUUUAUUGUUUCAAUAAUAAGUGUUUACAGCGCUGUCCUUAUUCCACGCGAUAUCAAUUAAUAUUUGAACUCACUACAUAACUAGCAAAAUAACAAAAUUUUUGUAUAAUCGAUCACCAUUAUUAUUUACAUUAAUUCCUUUUCAAAACGCAAAUUGAAUUUGCAAUCAUUUUUUAAAAUAUUUAUCAACUCUCUAGUUUCAGUAUUCAAACUGAACAUGUUUCUCGUUAUCGGCGAGCUCUAAAAGCGAUUUAUAUUCGUCCGGAUUGGGCGAAGUCGAGACAGAUACAAUUUACUCGAUAGUUACUCUUCGUUUACGCUUAUAUUUCAGUUUGGCGAUUAGCAUAGGUCUUGUCGAGCCCCGUAUUAUUUCCAUUUCUAGUAUUUUGGCUUCUAGAUUCAAAAUAAGGCCUUAUCUGAGCGUUUUAUCGAUCGAUUGAGUCGCACAAAACCAACGUAAGCGAAACCAUGAAGUUAUUCUUUGUAAACAUCAAAAAAAAUUUUUUGCGCUUAAAGGUUCUUUGCCUUAAAAGUUUAAGCAGGUAAUUUAGUGUUAAUAACUGAGUUGAAAACGUAAAUUGGCCUCCGUAAGGAGUUAAAAUGCUGACGUUUCGAGUGUUAGCCCUUCGUCAGGAAGAUAUUCGAUAAGGUUUCGUUUUGCAGACAGGCUCCAUGAUGAAAGGUCGGUAAUAUUGUUUUAGGAUGUGUUUUUUCGAUUCAUUGACUUUAAAUUGUUCCAUUUUGUUUUAUACAGCAACUACUGGACCCACUGGUAAGUUUAUUCAUCCUGACUUUUAAGUUAGAUGGAGCGAAUGGUCUUUAUUUUGAUCAUUUCUUCCUCAACCAGGUUGGAAUUUGUGAGAUGCUGUCGGUAUUUUUGAGGCCAUGCUUUACAACUGCAAUUUUUUUGUCUGGUUAUUAUUAUCUACACAUUUGUUAUUAUUGAUAUUCAGUUUCGGAGAGAAUUUGAUAAUCAUCUCUUUAAUUCUGGAACGGUAAAACGCCAUAAAAAUGACCUUCACAGCUUGCCUUUUGAAACGUUUCUUCAAGAAUGUAAAAAUCCUUAGAAUUUGUUUCGAAUAGCUACCUUUUUCACUUUUUUGUUUUUAACAAUUUUUAUAGCAUUAUGCGGAAAAAGAGACAAAUCCUCUCAGUCAGUAUUGUACUUAACAUCAUACUAGUGAUGAUUAGUACUGAUUGACAGACGAUGUGAAUUGAUGAAUUUGUGACUGUACGUUACUCACUUUUCUUUAUGUUGUCGAUGUUUCAUUUCAGAGAAGCCACUUAAACCUGGAGAAAUUGGUAAGGUCUCCACAAAACAACUGCCACUCUAUUUGAUUUAUCCUUCAAACAUUAUCCACACCAUCUUCAUAACUAAUCGCUAGGUUUAUCCUUCACUGGUAAUCAUGAAAUGACAUAUCAUGUUUUCCAUUUCCAUUUUUUCCUUCCAUUUCAUUCGUAAAAUGGCUACAAAAGCGAAGGAACAUCUCAGAAAAAAAUGGUAGAUUUAUCGUCCGGUCCAUAAGGCGAACGUAAGGCUGCCUCAAAGCCCUCCCCUAAACUUUAAGGGGCUCUCUAUGUUAAUGUAAUGUUUUGUACUUUACACGUCUUUAGAGUGGCUUGUUAAUCUUUAUAAAAGUAAGUGAUUCAAAUCAGCCAACUUUGCUAUUUCAUUAAGUUUUGUAGAAGAGUGCUGCAGUAUUGACUGUCGAGAGUUCGAAAAAACUUUACAUGGACGACUUCCACACGAUGGUUUAAAACAGCUUUUUGAUGUCGCAAACCUCCUUAAUUAUUGACAGAGGCAUCUAACAACGAGCCAAAAUCACUUGCUAUCCUUCCCAUACAAAAUUAUCAUUGCAACCUUACUUGUGAGUGAAACAGAACUGUGUAAGCAAAACAGUCAUAGAAAAUCAUUUGAGCUCUUUUUAUAUCACACCAAUAAGGAUGCGCAGACAAUCCGCAGUUCAAAGACCCAUGUGCAGACAUUGCUUCGACACCAGGCUUAUGUCAAGAGCAGGAAGACUUCACGAGAAAGAAUUGCAAAUCGUCAUGUGGAUGGUGUGGUAAGUAAUUCCAAUCAUUUAUAUUCAUCAGAACUCAACUUAAUCUACUUUUUGGUUUGGUUUGGUAAUAUGUUUGAUGUUUGUUCUUGCCGAAAGACGUUUGUUACCGGCUCCCUUUCUGGAGAGGUUGCGAGAAGAAGGUAAUCGCGUGAUCGAGUAUUUGCUAAGAGAGGGUUGACCAGGUGUGUCAAUAAAAGCCGCUACAAGCGAGCGGUAUACCGCUGCCCAUAAGACCUACUGAGCUCUUACUGUCGUCUGUUAAGUCUGCGUGCACGCUGUCGUAUUUGGAUUUUGCCUUACGCCUCCCAUUCCUGACUCAGUUGCCUUUUACAACAUAAGAAGCUGCUUAUGGAAAACGCUAUUGAAACUCCUGGAGUUGAACGCACAGAAUGCUCGCCCAGUAGGCAGAUUCCUGUUGCUUAGCUGUUGCCUACUUCAUUUUGUUGCUUUCAUGCGCAAUGUGUCUCACAAAUUACGUACAAUCCACAACGGAAUUAGUUUACAAAACAUCCACCUCGCCACUUUUACGGAAUCAUUCAGAACGGACUUUAAAUUGACUUGUGGUGAAAAGAAAAAGUCAAAUAGAGUAUCGUGCAUCACUUGAAUUGACAACAUUUGAGACUUUCUGCUUAAAUUUGUGGCUAACUUUAAAGUACAUCCCACCGAAAAUUGUUUCUUGUUUUGAUAGUCAACAUACAGUAAUCCUUUGGCACAUUAAGAGAUGAGAGCAAGUUGAAGAUAGUCAAUAUCGCCAGCAUAGGUGACAUUAAGGUAACAUUCUUCUUUAUUUCAGGGAGGGAGAGUGAAAAGCCCACGUCACCUGUUGGUAAGUGUGUGUUUUCCCUAACAAUCGAAAAAAUGACUUCAAGAGAACAAUUAAUAGGUGAACCUUUUAAUUCAUAUUGUCUCUUCAUAAAACUUUUUCUUAAAAUUACCUUCUAUAGAAUUUGGAAGAAAUAAAACCAUUCUAAAUUUACUUCGCUUUACGUAGUUUUCCUACCAGCUCCAAAGCUACUCAAUUUUUUAUGUAUAGUUUGGUUAUUCCUAUGAAUUAUUAAUUGAUCGACAUUAUAUCCUACGAUAAAUCAGCGGCUCGUUGUUUAUUGACAGUGUGUGAAGAUGAUCCAAACUAUGCAGAUGGCUGCCCUCUGAAAGCUGCCGUUACAAACUAUUGCAGAGACCAAGAGGAGUUUAUGAGGAGGCAUUGCGCAAAGUCGUGCAAAUUUUGCAAGGGGGCAUGUAAGUUGAAGAUGUUUUUGUUUCAUUAGUUAAUAAUGCAAAUUGUGCUUCUGAAUUUAAAAUGAGAGAAUAAUUAAAUAUAAGGAACAUGUACGCCAAUUUUAUCAAUGUUUUACAAGAGAUUAUACUCUUGUGUUUUAUUAAAGUAUACAGACUGACGGUAUCUCGGUCUAUCUCCCCGGUAGAUAGACCGAGAUACCUUCAAUGGCAUUGUCAUCGGGAUUGCUACCCUCGUUAAAUAUUUCAAGGAAUUAAAAUCAUAUUUGAACAGGUCCCUGAUCUGCUGGGAUGACCUUCAUGCCAUGAUUAAUCGAUGUAACUGACGUGGGUAUGAUGUUUGUCUCUUUAUUUACAUUUAUGUUAUUUUCCUUUCCAGCGACUGCACAACCCACAACUGGUAAGUUGGCCAAUUAAAUUGCAAAAUUGCGAAAUUUUAUUCGCAGUUGUGAAAAAUAGGUGCUAUUUUUAUACUCUAAUGAAAAAUACUCUAAUACUCUAACCUGAACAAGACAAUGUUGAAGUGAAUCUCCAAAAUAUAAUUGUAUUUGACUUGAUGUGCAGAGAGUUCUCCAUUUCAUUUACCUGAUGCUAGCAAAAUACAAGCAAGUAUUGAACUUAAACUACCUCAAAACAAAUUACUAUCAUGUGAUGAUACUCAGUUACACGAGCAUUGCAGAUAAUAGAGCAUGCGUAUAUGUUAUGGAUAAAACUUACAGUCAGUCAGUUUUACAUUUAAUGACCUAAUUUUAAUAACAAAUCUCUAUUUACUUCAGAGGCGAUAAAGCCACCGGCACCAGUGGGUAAGUUUUUUUUGUCCGUUUUUAUAUUUUUUGCUUCAAUAAGAAGCGUUUACAGCGCUGUCCUUAUUUAACGCGAUAUCAAUUAAUAUUUGAACUUACUACAUAACCAACAAAAUAAUAAUAUUUUUUUAUAAAUUUCUUUUCAAAACGCAAAUUGAAUUUGCAAUCAUUUUUUGAAAUAUUUAUCAACUCUCUAAUUUCAGUGUUCAAACUGAACAUGUUUCUAGUUGUCGGCGAGCUCUAACUUCUUAAGCGAUUUAUGUUCGUCCGGAAUGGGCGAAGUCGAGUUUUGUGGGCUUACAGCUUCCGCUAUUUGUUGCAGGUGCCAUAUUAUUCGUCAUUUCAUUGAUCUUCAAUUUUUCUUUUUUCAGCUACUGCUCAACCCGCAAUUGGUAACUAAGCAUAGAAUGUUUUCCUCAUGCGAGGAAAAGUACGGGCAACUAAGUAAAAAUCAAUCUGGCGAGUAGUUCCUUCCCAAUGAAUCUCAUUACAUCACACUUAUACAUUGAUUUACAGUUUGUGAUGAUGAUCCAAACUACGCUGAUCGCUGUCCUGAGAAAGCCGCCGUAAUUAACUAUUGCAAUGACCAAAAGAAGUUUAUGAGGAAACACUGCGCUAAGUCGUGCAACUUUUGCGGAGAGGCGUGUAAGUGUGAGGUGUAGUUUUUUAGUGAUGAAAACAGAUACAAUUUACUCGAUAGUUGUACUUUGUUUAUGCGGACAUUUCAGUUUGCGAUUAGCGCAGGCUUUGUCGAGCCACGAAUGAGCGGCGAGGAAAAUGAGAGAAAUUUCUAGUAUUUUGGCUUCUAGUUUUCAAAAUAAAUCCUAAGACCUUAUCUGAGCAUCCUAUCGAUCGAUUAAGUCGCCCAAAACCAACGUAAGGGAAACCAUGAACUUGUUCUUUUUAACUACUAGAAGUUUGUUGCCUUAAAAGUUUAAUAAGCCUUACUGUGAAAAAGAAGCAGUAGCAAAAACAUAAACAAAGUUUGGAUCGUUUAAUGCGGCCAUUUUGUCCAUCUUGCAUUUCCGCCCUGUUGUAUACAUUGUAAUAGCUUGUAAUACCGUGGCAUAUUUUGGGCAUUCCGUCUCCCUAAUAUAUUUAUGGACAUAUUAGAGGAACUCAAUGAAACAACAGUUUCCGUUGAGAUCUGCAUGAAGAGGUUUUGAGUUCAUAUGCACUGAAGAGGUCUGCAUACUUGACCUGAAAAACCAACACAACAUUUAGCUGUUAUAAAUUCUACGGCGACACGUUUGCCUCAGUGGAAAGAAUUAAAUUUUAAAGGAGUGUAAACCUCAGAAAACCUUCCGUGUGAAGAAACUGAGAAAGAUAUUUGAUGGGGUUUCGUUUUGCAGACAGGCUCCAUGAUAAAUGGUCGCUAGAAUUGUUUCAGCAUGUGUUUUUUCAAUUCACUUACUUUAAAUCGAUCUUUUUUGUUUUGUACAGCAACUACUCGACCCACUGGUAAGUUUAUUCAUCCUGACUUUUAAGUUAAAUGUAACGAAUGUUAUUUAUUUUAAUCAAAGAUCUAAGAUCUCCAUCGAUCAACUUUUAAGUUUCUUCCUGAACCAGGUUGGAAAUUGUGAGAUGCUGGCGGUAUUUGUGAGGCCAUGCUUUACAGUUGCAAUUUUUCUGUCUGGUUGUUAUUAUCUACACAUUUGUUAUUGUUGAUAUUCAGUUUCAGAGAAAAUUUGAUCAAUCAUCUCAUUAAUUCUGGAACGGUAAAACGCCAUAAAAAUGACCUUCACAGCUUGCCUUUUGAAACGUUUCUUCAAGAAUGUAAAACUCCUUAGAUCUUGUUUUGAAUAGCUACCUUUUUUCACUUUUUCUGUUUUUAACAAUUUGUUUAGCUUUAGGCGAAACAAGAGAUAAAUCCUAUCAUUCAGUAUUGUAAUUAACAUCACCAUCGUGAUGGUUAGUACUGAUUGACAGACGAUGUCGAUGUUAUCGAUGGAUUUUGGUGACUUUUGUGACUGUACGUUACUCACUUUUCUUUAUGUUGAUGAUGUUUCAUUUCAGAGAAGCCACCUAAACCUGGAGAAAUUGGUAAGGUCUCCACAAAAUAACUGCCACUUUAUUUGAUUUAUUCUUCUUGCAUUAUCCACACUACCUUUGCGUCUAAUCGCUGGGUUUAUCAUUCACUGGUAAUCACGGAAUGGCAUAUCGUGUUUUCAUUUCCGAUUUCUCUUGUGAUUUCAUUCGCAAAAUAGGUGCGAAAGCGAAGGCACAUUUCAGCAUGAAAAGUUAGAUUUACUGUUCCAUGGAACCCUUCUUUAACUUUAAGGAGAUCACCAUGUUGAUGUAAUGUUUUUUACUUUACAUGUCUUUACAGUGGCUGUUAAUCUUUAUGUAACGAUUCAAAUCAGUCAACCUUACUAUUUCAUUAAGUUUUGAAGAAGAUUGCUGUCAUAUCGACUGUCGAGAGUUUGAAAAAAACUCACGUGGACGACGUCUCAACAAUGGUUAAAAUCAGUCUUUUCCUCGCAUUGGUUUCCUGUCACCUUCCUUCUUCUACUUACGAUUCUUGUUGCCGCAGUCCUCCACUCAAUCUUCACGUGUUUCGCCAUCAUAUGCUGGCCCCUUCUCCUUAAAACGUCUGCCAAUCAGGCUUUGCAGAUGUAUUUUAACCAACCCUUAGUCUUCAUCUAUUACGAAUAGAAAGAUAAUAUGUGUUCCUUUUACUUUUUUUAAGUUGAUUAAGCUAAAAAUAGAUGACGGAAGCAAUUCAAUUCGUCUUUAAUUUUUGAGAGAUGCAACUAAAAAAGUCAACAUUUGAUUUCUUUUUGUAUCAUACCAAAAAGAAUGCGCAGACAAUACACAGUUCAAAGACCAAUGCGCGGACAUUGCUUUGACACCAGGCCUUUGUCAAGAGCAGGAAGACUUCACGAGAAAGAAUUGCAAAUCGUCAUGUGGAUGGUGUGGUAAGUAAAUCCAGUCAUAAUCAGAACUCGGCUAAAAUAGCUUUUUGGUUCGGUUUGUUAAGAUGCUUGAUGUUAGUUCUUAUCAAAAGGCGUUUGUUACUGGCUACAUUUUUAGAAAAGUUUCGACAACAAGGUAGUCGGGUGAUCGAGUAUUUGCUAAGAGAGAGUUGACCAGGGGUCUCAAGAAAGGCCGCUACGAGCAGUCUACCGCCCCUUAUAAGACUUAGCUCUUGCUGCCGUCUGUUAGGGUUCCGCCUUACGCCUUACGUUCCUGACAUAGUCGUCUUUUACACCAUAAGCAGCUGCUUAUGAAAAACAUUAUUGAAACUCCUGGAGUUGACCGCACAGAGUACCCGCUCGGUAGCCAGAUUCCUGUUGCUUAGCUGUUGCCAACUUCAAUUUGCUGCGUUCAUGGGCAAUGUGUCUUACAACUUACGUACAAUCCACAAUGAAAUUAGUUACAAAACAUCCACCAUGCCACUUUUACGGAAACGGAAUUUAAAUCGACCUCUUUCUUUGAAAUAGAGGAGAAAUGCUUUUUAAUAAUACGAUGACAGUGCCAACAUUGGCAUCUGAGGAGAAAUACUUAAACUGACAAUCCCAGCCAAGGCCCCUCAUUGCCCCUUGGAUCACUGAAUUAACUGCGUAAGUUCUAAUGUUUCUGAUAUUGCUCGUCUUGUUUUCUUUGUUUUUGUUUUUUUAGGUUCACCAGCAACAAAGCCUCCUAUUCAGGAAAGUAUGUGCAACUUUACUUAAACAAGCAUAGUAAACGAACACUGAGGAACAAACGCACGCACGAAAAGAUAUCCCCAGAUACUCACAUAACAGAACAAUGAACAUUGGUUGAUCCUCCAUUUAACAACUAUUAAGAGAAGGCGUAACUUAAAUAACGAGUUUUUUCCGCUUUUAAGUAAUGGUCUAAGCGGGUAAUGCUGAUGGUUACGGGCCGAAAAAUUUAUCAAUAACGGCACGCGAAUAAUCUGAGAUGCAAUCAUGAAGAAGAUUAUAAUGAUGAUAAUGAUAAUAAUGAUUAUCACGAUAAUUGUAAUCAUAAUGAUAAUGAUGUUAAUAACACUUGUUUUGCUUCUAAAUUUGUAAUAGUCUGUGACGAGGAUGCACCAAAGUGGAGACACAAAUGCCCAAUAUGGGCCGCGAUGGGGGAAUGUGAAAUUCGGAGGAAGUUUAAAUUCUAUGAACAUUACUGCCCAAAGUCUUGCAAAUUUCCAUGCAAAAAAGGUAUUUGUCUCUACAUAACUGACGCAGAAACUAUAAUGUGAAGCAACAUGGGUUUUCGUUCCACCUCUGUUUUCAUCUCUAAAUUUUUGGUCUGGUAUAGUUUUCUAGUGCAUUGGUUUUUCUUUACAUAGGAGGGUACAGAAAGGUGUUUGACAGAAACUAAGACAUUUCGGUUGCAAAUAUGACAUUUUAAUCUUACAUUUAAGGUUGAGCUGGCAAUGUGACCAAGAAUAAAUUCGCCUAUUGAUUUGAUUGCACGUACAGCUGUAGAUGGCCUCAAAUUGAAUAUAACCUCUCCAUCUUUGGCACCAUUAGCUUAGCACUGUUGUAAAGGUUCCUUUUGGAUGUCAUACAGGAUCGUAAGUUGCAAAUUGACCGCCCAUAUCACGGUUGUACGUGUAGGAUUUUUCAGAGGUGAAACUCCAUGAAAAUUACGCCGAUUGUGAUAAGAGUAUAAAGAAAAACAGGAUAUCUGAAUUUGUGAUCCGGAAACGUUAAAGUUGAGAAGGGAAGAGUUCUUUGAGUGCUCAUCAAAUCUAAAGUUUUACAUUUGUCUCCAUACUUAACUUACAGAGCCAACUGUGAAUCCCAACGCGACAAAGCCGCCUUCACCUCCAGGUUAAAUCUAUUUGCCAUUUAGGUUAAAAAUAAUUUGUAUUUAUCAUUAAAAAGUAAGCAUAAUUUUUAAAAUGACAGGACAAGGUUACACACUGAUCGUAAACAACAUUUUUGUUAAUUAAUGAACAAAGAUGUAUUUUUCCGUCUCACCACGAGCGCGAGGCCAAGAAAAACAUUUUGCGUCCUCAUGAGAAAUCGAACCUCAGACUUCAAAUUCCUACCAAAGAAAAGAGCUGACCUUCGUCCACCAAAACAUAAAUGCAUCUCGGCAGGCACAACAAUAUCAAUUUCAAAUCACAAUCUGCAAGAACUAAUUCAUCUAUAGUAUACAGUAUGCAGAUAAUUAUCCAUUGCAAAAAAAAAAUUGAUCAUGCAUAUCACACUUUUUUUUUUUCCAAUUUCAGCUUUCUGUCGCGACCGAGACAGAAAUUGCGAGUGGUGGAAGUCAUUUGGAAUGUGUGAAAAUCCCGGAAGAAAUUCCUCCAUGGCCGUUUACUGUGGAGUGACCUGCGGCUUUUGUAAGUAUAAAUGCAAACUGUUUCAGUAAGAUUUUUUUCUUUUAUAGCCAUAAAUAAAAGGUUAAAGGAAGAGGCCGUUAAGAGAAGUAGUCGUUGCCAAGAGGUAAAAAGGUGCUUUCUUUUGGAAGUAACACGUCAAAUAAUUAGGAUGGAUUAUUAAAAAAAAACCCAAAAUAAUUGAAAAAUGAAUCGUUAACGUGUUCUGUUGCUCAUGUAUCUACUUCUUUAAUUAUAACUUAAUUUGAGAUGAUAUUUUGUUUUCCUUCCUUCAGGCAAAGCACCUACCCCAGAGGGUAAGAUUAAACGGAACAAUAUCAGUAUCUGGGCAAAGCCCACCUACCCCUCCCCUCCCCUAACCCAAAAUUAACCCUAACUUGUUAUCAAUUGACUUUUGUUAAGUUAGGGGAAGGGCAGGUGGGCAGUUGCCCAGAUACUGAUAUUGAUCCGAUUAAACACUGUUUGUCACAUAAAGGAUGAGGUCGAAAUAGCCUUAAGAAGCUGAUAUUUUAUGAAACAAUCUUCCAGCUUAUGGGGAGAUUGCAAUAUUAUUCUAUUUUUCUUUUUAACGAUAAAAAAUUGCGAUAAAAAAAUUUCGUAAAAGCAUAUUAAAAAUAUGUCGACGACGUUUCGACGUUGGGCUAACGUUAUUAUCAAGUCAAAGAGCGAAAGAUAAAAAUUGUUUAAAUACUAAAAAGAUAAUAUGUAAUGGAAUGUUCUUUUAAACAAAGAGUUUUGCGCGAAUGGAAUCGGUCUGCGUGUUGAGACAAGGAUUGGGCUGCUUGAUGAAAGGCAUCUCAUAGACAAGACAGUAAAGUUUUCCUUGGCACUUUUUUAGAAAGUGGAAUUGGCUUUCUUUGAGGAGGCUUGUAUCCCCAUGGGCUGUCGAAAAGUGCUUACCGAUCGCAGAGUUUUUAUGUUCAACAAUACGUUGACGGAGGUGUCGAGCUGUAACGCCGACAUAAUCUGAAUCACACAGAUCACAUGUAAAAGAGUAAACAACGCAUUGUUGAUUUACGAUUGGAGGCUUGAUUUCUCUGGGCUUGAGGUCUUGUUCCACGCUUUAAACCGUCUUCUUUCUCUUUCAGAAUGUUAUGACAAGGGAAACAAUUGUCAGGAGUUGAAGAAUGCCGGACUCUGUAGCUCCACUCGAGCUGAUAUGGAGUAUGAAGUCAAGACAAACUGUUUGCAAACAUGCGAGUUCUGUGGUAAGGGAUUGUAA